UUUAUUCUGGUCUCAUUUCAGGUCCGCCACAAUUUCGCGACAAAAGUCAACUGAACGAGUGGAUAGCGCGCCCCUCACAAGCUACGGCCGAAUUCAAAUGUAUGGUAUGUGGGAAUCCGGAGCCAAAAGUCACAUGGUUUGCUAAAGGACAAGGCAUUAAUGCCAGCAUCAGUGGGAAGUACAAAGUUAGAAGAAAGACCACAUUGGUAGUGGAUGCUGUCUCCAAAAAAGAUGAAGGGUUAUACAUGUGUGUUGUGGAGAAUGAACAUGGCUCCGUCAAUCACACCUAUGAACUCAAGGUCAUAGACCGGGUGCUGACAAAGCCUGUGAUACAGGGGCCACUGAACCAGACGGUGACCUACCUAGACGAUGUGAAAUUUCAGUGUAAGGUGGUGAUGAGUGACCUUCAGCCCCACAUCCAAUGGCUGAAACAUUACCAGGUCAACGGCUCCUUCACCAACGAGGACGAAGAGCCGUACGUCCAUGUCAUACAGCAAUCCUCCUUCAACCUCACCCAUCCAGAGAUUUUGUACAUCAGAAACGUAACAUACGAGGAUGCGGGCUGGUACACUUGCUUGGUGACCAACUCCAUGGGGCGAGCCUACCAAAGUGCAUGGCUGACCGUUGAAGAUUCAAAAUGUGAUAACUGCACAAAUUCCACAGAUGCUUCACUUGCGGAACCUGUCCCCGAGUCGGCCAAGGUCAUCCAGAAGCUGGCCCCUCCCCGGAACAACAUGACCCUGGUCAUCAUCAUCACCACCGUCUGUGUGUCUGUCCUGCUGAUCGUCCUCGUCAUCUUCGGGGUGUGCUGGAGGAGGUGGAGACUGAGGGGUCAAAAGUUCACCAACGUCAAGCGGGUCAUCGUCAUGAGACCGAAUGAGAUUUACUACCCCAACAAGAUAGGCCAGGAGGGCCAGGCGUUGAUUGUCCCACAGGUCCGUAUCGAGCAGACCAGUCAGCGACGACGUCUGUCGUCAGAUCUUACCGUCAUGUCAGAGUACGACCUACCUCUGGACAAAACCUGGGAAUUCUCUCGCGAAAGGCUAAUCAUGGGCAAGACUUUGGGUGAAGGAGCAUUUGGGGUCGUAAUCAAAGGUGAUGCACAUUGUAUAAACGGCAAAAACGGAGUUACGACUGUGGCCGUAAAAAUGUUAAAAGAGGAUGCCACAGAUCGAGAGUUGACAGAUUUGAUUCAGGAGAUGGAAGUGAUGAAGCUUAUUGGAAGUCACAAAAACAUCAUCAAUCUGUUAGGCUGCUGUACUCAGAAUGGUCCAUUGUAUGUGAUUGUGGAGUAUGCUCCCAACGGAAAUCUGCGUGAUUUCCUACGCAGCAGGAGACCCCCCAACAGUGGCUACGAGAAACCUGUGGGUGAAGACAACACAGCAAAAGAGACUCUUUCUGAGAAAGACUUGAUUUCAUUUUCAUAUCAGAUAGCAAGGGGAAUGGACUACUUAUCGUCGCGCCAGUGCAUACAUAGAGAUUUAGCUGCCAGAAAUGUGCUUGUUGCCGAGGACUAUGUGCUAAAAAUAGCAGAUUUCGGCUUAACAAGAAAUGUGACAAACAUUGAUUACUACAGGAAAACGGGAGAUGGUCGUCUUCCAGUGAAAUGGAUGGCUCCGGAAGCUUUGUUUGAUAGAAAAUAUACCUCAAAAAGUGAUGUAUGGUCAUACGGAGUGCUUCUGUGGGAAAUCUUCACGCUGGGUGGCAAUCCCUACCCCUCGGUCCCCGUGGAGCGACUAUUUGAGUUACUGAGGAGUGGUCACCGCAUGGAGCGGCCCCCAUACGCCUCUAAGGAGGUCUACAACCUGAUGUGUAACUGCUGGGCGGACAUGCCGGUCCGACGUCCUACAUUCCUCUCCUUGGUCAAAGACCUAGACAAGAUGUUGACAUGUCGGGGGGAGGUGAGUGAGGACAGAAUGAAGAACGCCGGAAAGUGCUUGGCUCGGAUUAUACAUGAGUAUCUUGAUUUGGAGCCAGGAGUGACGUCUCCCCUAGAAACGCACAUCAGUACGUCAGAUAGCCAGUAUUCCUCGAUGUCUCGAAGCUGUAGCAGUGUGUCCGAUGAAGUGAUCAGCCACACGAACAUUAGCAGCAGUAGUGACUCAGACAAGGAUGAAGUGUCAUAGGGGAGAAACCUGUCUCAAUUUUAUAGGAUCGGCAGCUUUAUUUCACUGUUAACUUUACACAAUGCUGAAGACAUCACGGAAGUUGAUGUCGGUAGUUCUGGUGACCAGUGUGGGUCGCCUAGUGAAUGCCACAACAGACAGCCUUAGUGACUUUGAAAUUUUAUUGUUGCAAUCAGAGAAUAUCUAUGCAAACUGAAACUAAGCAAAGCAUCAGUGCAUGUUUAUAUAGACCUCUAAACUGAAGAUGGAGGCACACAGUAAUAAUGAAUGUUGUGAUGUGUUCUGUCAACAUAGGGCAUACUAUUGCUUUUAAUUUACACUCGGUUUGUAUUGUGACAUCAUAAUCAUCUGAUAGUCCCAUAAUGCAUCAUUGUGCAGAAUGUCAGACAGUCCUUGGUUUUAAGUGUUCUGUUAACUGUGUUCUUGGGUAUAUACAGAGGCCAGUGUUCAAAUAACACAUGUGUUCACUUUUACAAAGAUCUGAGGAUCUUAUUGUGACAACGUACGCACAGCAUAAUCACACAACGUAACCAAGGAAACGCGAGCCUGGAAAGUUACCUCUCAAUCAGUAUUCUGAACAUUCUUCAAUGAUCAAACAACUCGUACAAGUGCUUUAUAUACUACUUACCAAAAUUUUAUGUGAACAAACGUUCUGAUGAUUUUGUAAACUGAUGUAAGUCUACAUGAAGAAUUCCACAUUCAUUGUAUAUAACAAAGUAACGGUUUAUUUUGAAUGUAUUAAAUGACAGAAGUAGAAAUAGGUACAACGAAAAAUUGUCAAUUUAUUUGUUGAAAUGCAUUGUAAAGAAAUCCAUCCAUAAUUUUGAUCUGUUACAUUUUUCUAUUGUAAUUAGUUGUGUUGUCUUAUGAUGGUAAGUUUGAAGUCAUUAAUGGUGUUAGAAACACAUUUAAAAGACUCGCUAAAGUAAAACAUUCGGCAUUUUAUAUUGAUAGUUUAAGUAUUGAUGUUGAGCAUUUGGAGUAAUAUUGGGAAGAAAAAAGGGUCAAAUCAGUAUGAAUAAAACAAUCUGAAAAUGAAUAAUUGUAAAACAAAAUUGAAUUUGAAAAACAGAAUUGAAAUUUAUGCAAAUAUUGUGUAGCAGUUCUUAAUGAUCUUGUUUUAUUUUCUGUGGACGUGGAAGAGAAGUCUAUUGUUUGUUGAUUAUUUGAAUUAUUGUUAUGGUUUAAUUUUUGUCAUGUUUGUGUGUGUGUGUGUGUUCGAUGCAUAUAUAUGCCUUUUUAAAUCAUUGUCUAUUUGUAAUUAAAAUUUUUUUUUAACGUGCCUGAAACAGACAGAAUGAAUCGACAAAAUAAUAUUUUUUUUUACAACAAGAUUUCCUGAUUGGCAUUGUUUUAUAUUUCUCAAAUGGUUUCCUCAUGUUAUUGACAAUGGAAAACUUGUCUCUCCACAUGUGAACAGUAUUUUUGAACCAAAUCUUUGUUCAAUACUUUUAUUAUUAUUAUGAUUAAAUUCUGCCUUACUUGGCUUUUUGUUUUAUACAAGUGAGGGUUGACAGUCUUUUUUUUUUUAUUUUAUUCACUGCCAAGAAACUGAGCAAUUUUUAUUUUUAACCCCAGCAUAUUAUUAACCAAAUUUGUGUUCAUUUUACAACAGAUAUUUUAGUAUGUAAGCUUGUUUUUUUUGUAAUUUUACGUAAGGAACAGUAUAUUAUAUUAUAUUGUAUUUGGCUGGUUCAGAAAGGACCCGCAAAAUUGUCCUCUCUUCAAUGUAUUAGGUUGUAUGUUUGCAGAAGCAAACUUGUUUUUUUUUUUUUUAAAUUUGCAAUGGUUGUUGAACAGUAUACAUGCUCCUAUGUUUAUUAAAUGUGAUGUUAUACUUCAUUUGUACAAGUAAAUAGGUUGUGUCAUCUUUUUUUUUUCUUUCUCUACAGGCAAUUUUUAUUCUUAAAAAUUAUUUACUGAAAGGAAUUACUGGCCCAAAAAAGUAAGAAAGAAAACAUUUAGUAAAGAAACAAUUUUUACCUGUUGUAAAUUUCUAUAAAAUCCUGACCCUAAUCUACUCCCUUAAGGGGGAUUCAUGUACCUACAUGAUUCAUUUCAUAUUUGCAAUAUUUUUUUUUCAAGAUGUAAGUUUUACAGUUCCAAUGUAUUAAUUUUGUGUAUGUAUAGUAAUUUUUUUCGGGUCUUUGUUUCUUUUGAUUUGUCAUGCUGUUGAUCAAGAUGCCAUGAAGAAAGAAUUGUUAAAAAUGUUGAACAGAAAGGUAUAAUGUUUAUAUUUGUAAUGAUUUGUUGAAACUUUUCUUGAGUAUACAAAUGUGACCUAUAAAGAAAUAGGAGAAUAAAGUUACCUUACAGCU